AUGGUCCAAAGAAGCAAGGUCUUGGACACGGAGGGUCCAACCCCGAAGUUUCUCUAUGCGAUCAUCAAGCAAGUCAGCUUGAAGGAGAUUGAUUGGAAUCGAGUCGCCGCCGACCUUGAAAUCUCCAACGGUCAUGCUGCUCGCAUGCGAUUCUCUCGGUUCAAAUCCCAAAUGGAUGGUCCCUCGGAGAGAUCAAUCAAGCGUAGAAUGGCAAAAAAGCUGGCCAAAGAUGUCAAUCUCAAACAAGAACAAGUUCCUGUUUUACCGGAGAGCGAGAUCAGAGUGAAAUCUGAGAUGUUAGACUCUGGUGUGUGGUCGAUUCCGAAUAUUAAAAACGAGUUCGACAGCCAGGGUCCUUCUGCGACUUCAGAUACUUUGAACGUCACCAACAUGUCCCAGCCGUCACUCUAUUCAUUCACAAAUGCCAUGCCAGCCAUUCACCAUACGCCAAACUCGGGUCUCCCAGCCUUUGAAGCCCCAAGCCAGUCAUGUGCAGGCGAGCUGCAGCUUGGGUUCCCUCCGAACCACUAUCCCUCGACCUCAACCAACCAAAUGCAUGCAUUGGAAAUCCAGAUGGACUGCUCACCAUAUCCGCCAUUCUCAAUGUCGCAGAACCUUGCUUUGAAUGACAUUCGAACCCAGAUGUCGCAAUGCAAUAACGCGCAGAACCCGGCUUUGAAUGACAUUCGAACUCAGAUGUCGGAAUCCAAUAACGCGCAGAACCCGGCUUUGAAUGACAUUCGAACUCAGCUGUCGGAACUCAACAAUGUCCAGGUCUUGUGCUUGAAAUCGUUACCCCAUGAUUCGUGGGAGGAUGAACUUUCUUAUCGGACCGCACUGGAACUGUGUGGGGUCCACAUCAAACAAGAGCAGGACGAUCGGGUGGAGAUCGUCGAGAUUUCAAGUGAUGCUACUGACUGA